AUUUAAAUUUACUGAAAUCAAAACUAGGGCACCAAAAAUUGAGCAUCUUAAUAGGACACGAAUUCUGUCAUCGUCAUCUUCGAUCUCUUUCGAUCUCUUCCUGUAAGAAUCAAUGGCGAUUUCAACAAACUCUCCGGAGAAAACAACCACAGAGCAACCAAAUCCCACCCAACAACACGCUCCUGAUAAUCCGAAUCCACCAAAUUCGGAUCUAUCAAAUUCGUCGGCUGCACCACCGUCUGCAACUCCCGCCACAACCACCAACGCCCCAGUAGUAACAGUAAACCUUAACCAUACCCUUAAUAGUUCACAACCAACACCAUCGCAGCCGACGGACAUAGCGCCGCCGCCGCAGAUCCAAUCCUUUGUGCCUCCUUCGCACGUCUCUACUCUCCAUCCGUCUUACAGGCCAGCAGCGCUGCCGUUGCCUCUUCCAACUACCCCUCAGUUUUCUCCGAUACCGAACCCUAAUUUCCAGAACUACGGGGUUCAAGGUCAAGGCCAGGUCCAAGUCCAGGUUCAGCCGCCAGGUGUGAUGAUGCAGGCGCCCUCGCAGGCAAGCGGCGCGAUGUCUUCGAUUCCGCAAAUGAUGCCGCCACAGUACGGGCAGCCUGGCCAGCAACCAAUGAGGAUGUAUGCGCCGAUGCCUAAUGGUUAUCAAAUGGCUGUUCCUCAAGGCACAAUGAAUCCUCCAGGGAUUCUCCGUUAUGCAUCUCCAUAUCCACAAAUGCUGCGACCAGCAUAUCCUCAAAGGCCACUUGGAGCAGUGGGAGUCAUUCCAUCAUUAGCACGCCCACCAAUGAUGGCUAUGCGGGGUCCAGUGGUCCCUACAAUCAUUAGGCCACCCAUCAAUACAAUAACUCCAGCUGAAAAGCCAAUGACCACAGUUUAUGUUGGCAAGAUCGCAUCAUCGGUGGACAAUGAGUUCAUGCUCUCCCUUUUGCAGCUCUGUGGGCCUGUUAAAAGUUGGAAACGUGUACCAGAUCCCACUACUGGGGCUUUGAAGGGCUUUGGUUUUUGUGAAUUUGGAAAUGUUGAAGGAGUUCUUCGUGCUUUAAGGCUUCUGAGUAAACUAAGUAUUGAUGGUCAGGAGCUCAUGUUGAAUUUUGAUAAUGCAACCAAAGAGUAUCUCAAGAGUUAUGUCGAGAAGAAAAAAGAGAAGUUGAAGAAUACUGAAGGUGGUGGUAAAGAGGAAGAGAAAAAGGAGGCUUCCGUGGAGGAAUCCAAAAAGGAAGAUGAUAAGAAUGAAGGAAAGAAAGAAAGUGAUGAAUAUGCGACUUUUGGCCUUGUGAGUAAUGAAGAUAAGGAAGCAGACAGAGAAGCUAGUGAAAAGCUUACAGGAAUGAUAGAAGAGAGGAUAAAGAAUAAACCUUUACCACCACCACCUCCACCCCCACAAGCUGCUUCUGAUGUUGUUCCAAAUUCAACCCCUGAACAUUCGGAUGUGGAUGCAACAAGAAACGAAGAUAGAAACGAUGAGGAAAUGAGGAGCAAAAGCAAUGAGAGACCUGAAACAAGUUCACCUGACAGAAGCAGUAGAAGAAGCAGAGAACGUGAGAGAGACCUGAAACGUGAAAAGGAAAGGGAAUUGGAAAGAUAUGAAAGGGAAAGAGAGCAAGAUAGGGCUAAAAGAGAGAGGGAAAGGGAAUACAAAAUACGUGAAGAUGAACGCAGAUACAGAGCACGUUUGAAAGAGUGGGAAAACAGGGAAAAGGAGAAAGAAAGGACACGCAAACAGGAGAGAGAAAGGGAAAAAGAUAGGGAACAAGAUAGGAAAUAUGAGAUUUUGGAUCAAGAAAACGAUGAUGGGUAUAGCAAAAAGAGGAAAUAUAGAAGUAGUGGAGAGGAUAGAGAAGAAAGAAAAAGGAGGUUAAGGGAGAAGGAAGAAGACAUGGAUGAUAGAAUUAAAGAGGAGGAAGAGAUUGCUGAGGCUAAAAGGAAAGCCGAAGAGGAAAGAGAAGUGCAGAAAGAACAACAAAAACAUGCUUUAGAGCUUUUAUCUCAUAACACCAAUAAUGGGACUGAAAAUGCUAUGUUGAUUGAUGGAAGUUUGUUGGGAAUCAGAAGUAAGACUACUGUUGUUGACCAGGCUACUAAUGCUGCUGACAUGCCACAUGGAAACGAGAUUGGUAACAGGAUUACACAGAAUGGGGAUGGGGAGGAUUCAGAAACAAGGCAAAGCAACAGCAACAGCAACAGCAACAGCAACAGCGUCCAGACGAAAAAACUAGGGUUUGGUCUUGUGGGGUCGGGAAAAAGGACAGCUGUCCCAUCACUUUUCCAUGAAGAGGAAGAUGAAGAUGCAGAAAAGGACAAAAAGAUGCGGCCUUUGGUUCCUAUCGAUUACUCAACAGAGGAACUGCAGGCCGUGAGAGACACUACGCCUCUUGCACCUUCUCCUAAUUUAGCUGCAGCAGCUGAAUUUGCAAAACGGAUUGGAAACACCAAUUCCAAAGACGAGAGACCCGAUUCCGAAAGGGAACGAAGUAGACGAUCCCAUCAUAGGGAUCGGAAUCAUGAGGAGAAAGCAAAGACACCGGAUAAUAAGAAGCUUCUGGAUGCUAAACAGUUGAUUGAUACAAUUCCAAAAACCAAGGAUGAAUUGUUCUCGUAUCCGAUUAAUUGGGGAACUUAUGAUAAGAAUGGAGUGCAUGAAAGGAUGAGACCAUGGAUUUCAAAGAAGAUAACAGAGUUUUUGGGGGAAGAGGAAACGACACUGGUGGAUUACAUUGUGUCAAGCACUCAAGAACAUGUGACAGCUAAUGAAAUGUUGGAUCGGCUUCAGUCAAUCUUAGACGAUGAAGCUGAAAUGUUUGUUCUAAAGAUGUGGAGGAUGCUCAUUUUUGAGAUCAAGAAACUCGACACUGGCAUUUCUCUCUCUCUUCCUGGAAGAUCCAAGGCUUCCUCUUGAAUCUUCAUCUUUCUUCACUUCUCAAUCCCAAUGUGGUACUUCCAUUCGCUCUCGUUAUAGCUUUAGUACAUUUCUUUCUAUAACAAUUCUUUUUCCUUUUCUUUAAUCAUACACCAUGUAUGUGUCUUUUGAAUAAUUCUAUUUUAAAAUCUUCCAACUA